AUGAGUUCCUACUUCGUCAACUCAACUUUUCCCGUGUCUUUAGCCGGGGGACAAGAGUCCUUUCUGGGUCAGAUACCAUUAUAUUCCUCUGGAUAUACCGAGACUUUGAGACAAUAUCCAAGCACCACUUUCGGAGCAAACAAUGUCCAGGAGAAGGUGUACGCCAGCUCGUACUACCCACAAGCUGGUGGAGUGUUCGGGAGAAGCAGUUCAGCCUCUGCAUGUGAUUACGCUGCGUCCAGUUUAUACAGGGAGACUGAGCGCUCAUCGUGUCCGCUCGGAGGGCUGGAGGAGUCGUUGGCUCUUACACAGGAUCACAGCAAGACAGAGAGUUCAGAGCACAUUUCAGACACAUACACCUACAGCGAGAACAAGCCAUGUACUCCAGUUUAUCCGUGGAUGCAAAGGAUGAACUCGUGCAACGGUAAGAGUAUUCCAGGCAGCACUGGCCGCAGGGGUCGUCAGACUUACACUCGAUUUCAGACGCUUGAGUUGGAAAAAGAGUUUCACUUCAAUAGAUACCUGACUAGAAGACGCAGGAUUGAAAUCUCACAUGCUCUGUGUCUAACAGAGCGACAGAUAAAGAUCUGGUUUCAGAAUCGAAGAAUGAAGUGGAAGAAGGAGAAUAAAGUAAUAAACUCUGCAAAGACCAGCGAAGAGGAGGACGGUGGCAAGGCGGAAUAAACGCCUUAGAUAUGCACUGUACUGUAUAUAUUGACCAAGGUUAAAACUUUACUCACAAUGCGUAACCUAUAGCAUUUUCCUGUAAAUAUUAAAAUGUACCCAAACAAAACAGCUACCUAAUUAAGGCUUUGUUUAAGUGCGAAAGCUGGAAACAAAAAUAUUCGCCCACUGUGUGACAUCCGCCAAGCUCGUUUUAUUGUUUGGUAGAAAACGUGGAUAAAUAACCCGCACUGUUUUUUUUUUAAUUCUACAGCAUAAAGCCUAAAGCUGGUGAGCAGUUAAGCAUACGGUGAUAUGUCUUAUUGACUGUCAUAUUUGAUAUUUGUGUGGUCAAAUGCUCUU